GAUUAAAUACAUUUAACAUGGAUUUUCAACACGCCUUUUAGGGUGUCUCGAUCACACUAACCAGUGUGAAAAGUAAACAAUACGUAGGAUGCAACGCAGCAUUAAAAGGAGCAACAGAGACAAUUGUAUUCUCACGCAAAAAUGAUCUUGGACAUUUUCCAGUUGCCACUUUAAUCGACUGACUAAUUUCUAAAAUUACUGCUACAGUAUGUGUCAAACUAUGGCGAGUCUUAAAUGGAAGUGUGGCUUCACUCUUCCCCCUCCCUCUCUCUCUCUCCCCACGUAUCCAACCUCUCUCCGCGCAGGGCUUAAUCAUCUCGUCUGUCAUUUACACUCGGCACUGUACCUUAGACAGUGCACUGCCUCCGCGCCGCACUAAUGUUUCACCUCCCCGUUUCACCUCCUUCUCUCCUCCAACUCCUGUCACCAAACGCUGGAGCAGUAGGGAGAAACAAAGAACUGCAGAUGUUGGUCAAUGCACAGAAGGACACAAAGUGUUGGAGUAACUCGGCAUCUCUGGAGAAUGUGCAUAGGUCGAGUCGAGCGACAGGCACGUGUUGCAAGCUCAAGUAUCAAUUUGCACCGAUUACCACACACAUUCUGGUGUUUCAAUCCGUCCUAUUCCAUCGCAAUACGUUAGAAUGUGCACCGUUUAUUGUCGCGUCUGUGAGAACUCCGAUAUCCCUCAAAGCUACGCUUAACCCAAGAGGCGGCCCCCGUGGGUGGCUCUUUAAAAUGGCUUCGUUUUGAAGAUAGGUGUUUUAUUUUUGUUUUGAAAUGACAGGAAAUAUACCGCGUCACAUCAAAUUCAACAGCUUUGGAUCAGUCAGUAGGUACCGUGCAGAGAGUGUGGCGGAUUUCCCCCCCUCAUAUCAUGAUUACAAAACUGGCGCUAUGCCAGAUACACACAUGACACACGCUGCCGAAAACCAUGUCCCAGAGGGAACCAGGGCGAUCCUUCGGGAACUUGCUACAUGGAUGAUACAACUUCGCGCGUUCCGUGGACACAAAACACACGACAUUCCCAAGGUCAUUUAAAACUAACAUCGAACGAUUCAUUAUUACCUUUCCUCAACUUUAGAGAAUUAGUCGUUACAAACUCAAUUUUUUUUUAAAUAUGAUUGGGGAUGUCAAUCCACUGCAUUAAUGUUGAGCUAACGCGCCGUGUCAGCUGUGGCGUUCGUCUCCUGGGGCGUGAAGGUUGAGAAUUCAAGUCCCACCCUUGAGGCACGAGUAUUAAAAAUAGUCUGAAGAGUCCCGUCCACGUUCUCCAGAGAUGCUGCCGGACCCGCUACGUUACCUCUGCACUUUGUGGCUUUGAAAAAAAAAUAGCAUCUGCUGUAUCUAUAAACAAUAUAUUGUAGUAUCGGGGGGACUACCCAUUUUUUGAACCAAGGCUCCGUUAUAACAGAAACUAUUCUUACAAUAAAACCUGUAAAAGACUUUAGGAUUUCACAUUGUGUAAAAUGCUGCAAAACUACGUAUACUUUUGUCUGAUAAAGCGAUUUGGUUGCUCCCAAUAUUUAUCCCCAAACAUGUUUCCUAUUCACUGAAACAGACAUUAUCGGUUCUUUUACUGAAAAGCUGUGAUGUUAAUUGAUUUUCCAGACGCUGUAAGAAGCCUUUAAGGCUUGAUUUCUCCCGGAGUCUGUUAAGUCUAAAUACAUGGGAAUGCUUCAAGCAAAGUAGUCGCAGGUCAAUCAAGUCGGAGAUGCUCGCACAUGCAAAGCGAGAGAGUUCCCUUAAAGGGAUAGACACAAAAUGCUGGAGUAACUCAGCGGGACAGGCAGCAUCCCCGGAGAGAAGGAAUAGGUGACGUUUCGGGUCGAAACCCUUCUUCAGACUUAAAGGGAUAUUGUUCACCCGAAAACAAAUUCUGGUGCAAAGAUUCAGCCUGCAUGUUAUAUCACUUUAACGACCUGUCGGUUACUCUAAGAAUAGCAUGAAUUAUAAUGCCGGGUCUUCGGUAUAUUCCGGUAAAGAUAAUCCCGUAAAAAAAUGACCAUCUAUUUGUAAAUUAGUCUAAAAGAUUAUUUUUUUUUGGUGGUUUUAACAUUCCAACAUUAGUUAUUACCGCUGGGGAACGGUGAACGACAAACGUUUGGUAGUCGCUCCCCACAGAAUAGAGGAUCCAACUGAACACAAAACUUAGGGCAGCGGAUGAAGACCUAUGUAUUGAAUAAUUGACACGAUCACCAGCCAACUGCGUAGAAUCGCAUUGAAUUUACACCACAGUACUCCACCAGCCGCCCGACAGUUCUAUGCUAGAGGUUAUGUCUAUUUCAACUCGCGGUUUCACUGUGUCCUGUUUUUCUCCCCCCGCUUCCGUGUACUUAUCUCGCUUUUCCUUAAAUAUGCACAGCGCUUUGUGAAAGCCAGACGCCGCUACAAGGUUCCCCAUGGUUGUGGAGGCGAUGCUGGGGGGCGGGCGAAGAGUGUUGCCCCUUUAAGGUGGGAGUCGAAUAAGGCAGCCCUGCUCACUGCCGUGUGAUUGACAGUGGAAUCGUUACCGGGUGCCUCCUUCUGCAGCUCCUCAGCUUCCAUCUCUCUCUCUCUCUCUCUCUCUUUCUAUUAAGAGCUCAGCAACUUUAAAGAAGGGAUGCAGGCUCAGGCGCACUAAAAUGGCUCUCCAUCGAUGGAUUUAUCCUUUACUCCACUUCAUCCUCGCCAACAAUGCCGCCCGGAAUUAUCCAGCCAACGAGGUUACCCUGUUGGACUCUAUGUCAGCUCCUGGAGACUUGGGCUGGGUGGCAUAUCCUCCAGAAGGGUGGGAAGAGAUCAGUGUUAUGGACGAGAGAAACACACCAAUGCGAACAUACCAGGUGUGUAAUGUCAUGGAAGCCUAUCAGAACAAUUGGCUGCGGACUAGUUGGAUUCCUCGUGAUGGUGCCCAUCGGAUCUAUAUUGAGAUAAAAUUUACUCUCCGAGACUGCAACAGCCUGCCGGGUGUCCCUGGAACAUGCAAAGAGACCUUCAACAUCUACUACUAUGAAUCCAACAACAACAACUUGUGGUACAUUAAAGAAAGCCAGUAUAUAAAGAUUGACACCAUUGCUGCAGAUGAGAGCUUCACCCAAGUGGAUGUAGGAGACAGGGUGAUGAAAUUAAACACUGAGGUACGGGACAUUGGAUCAGUGACUAAGAAAGGCUUUUACCUGGCCUUUCAGGACGUGGGUGCCUGCAUUGCUUUGGUAUCAGUGCGGGUCUACUACAAGAAGUGCCCAUUAACAAUCCGUAACCUGGCAGAGUUUCCAGAUCGAGUGACUGAAGGAGACUCUUCCUUGGUGGAGGUCCGUGGCUCGUGUGUGAAUAAUUCUGAGGAGUAUGAUGUGCCUAAGAUGCACUGUAGUGCUGAUGGUGGAUGGCUGGUCCCUAUUGGAAGAUGCGUCUGUAAACCAGGAUAUGAGGAGAAGAGGGAUAUCUGCCAACCCUGCCGGCCUGGUUUUUACAAGGCUUCCUCCAUGGAUGCAUACUGCAUGAAGUGCCCACCUCAUAGCUACUCGCAUCAAGAGAGCUCAUCCCAAUGUACCUGUGAAAAAAGUUACGACAGAGCAGAUUCGGAUCCCAGGGCAAUGCCGUGUACAAAGCCUCCAACGCCACCAGAAAACCCCAUAUCCACAACAAAUGAGACUUCUCUCAUCCUAGAAUGGAGCCCGCCCAGGGACAGUGGGGGCAGGAAUGAUCUUACGUACAACAUACACUGCCGCAUGUGCAUGGGGGACAACAGGAAGUGUAGCGUCUGUGGGAGCAGCCUUCGUUUCAUCCCCCAACAGUUUGGAUUAACGUACACCAAAGUCCUUGUUACGGAUCUGCUGCCUCAUACCAACUACACCUUCGAUCUUGAGGCUGUGAAUGGGGUAUCUGAGUUGAGCCCCAACCCGAAGCAGUAUGUCUCUGUCAAUGUCAUGACCAGCCAGGCAGUAAACGUGAUUGUGAAGGAGAGGAAAAGCAAGGAUAGCAUCACUCUUGCUUGGCAAGAACCAGACCGUGCCAAUGGUGUCAUUGUGGAAUACGAGAUUAUCUACUAUGAAAAGAAUCAAAGGGACCAAAAUUACACCGUUUUAAAAACAAAGUCCAACAGUAUGACAGUAGAUGGGCUGAAACCAGGGACAACGUACGUGUUCCGGGUCAGAGCGCACACUAGCGGGGGACGCGGGACUUACGGUGGUGAAAUUGAGCUGGAGACCAGUCAAGAAGACAUGCUUGCUAUUGAUGAUCCAAACCAACCCACCAUCAUGGCUGUCUCUGUGGCUGGCGGGAUAGUCCUCCUGAUAUUCCUUGUUACUUGCUUUGUUGUUAGUGGAAGGCACUGUGGAUACAUCAAAGCAAAGCAAGACCCAGACGAGGAAAAAUUGCAGUUCCAUCAUGGGCAAGCCUGUGCUUCCAUAGUUAGGUUGCCUGGGAAUAGAACCUACAUUCAUCCACAUACCUACGAGGAUCCCAAUCAAGCCGUGCGAGACUUUGCAAAGGAAAUCGAUGCAUCCUGCAUUCGGAUUGAAAGAGUCAUAGGUGGUGGUGAAUUUGGGGAGGUUUGCAGUGGCUGCCUGAAGUUACCUGGGAAGAGAGAAAUCUAUGUUGCCAUCAAAAGCUUGAAAGCUGGUUAUUCGGAGAAGCAGCGCAGGGACUUCCUGAGCGAAGCCAGCAUCAUGGGACAGUUUGACAACCCCAACAUAAUCCGCCUCGAAGGAGUGGUUACAAAAUGCAAACCUGUAAUGAUAAUAACCGAGUACAUGGAAAAUGGAUCGCUCGACUCAUUUCUGAGGAAGCAUGAUGGACAAUACACAGUCAUUCAGCUGGUUGGAAUGCUCAGAGGAAUUGCCUCCGGGAUGAAAUAUCUUUCAGAUAUGAACUAUAUACACCGAGACCUGGCAGCCAGAAACAUACUAGUGAACAGCAACUUUGUCUGCAAGGUGUCCGAUUUUGGUUUGUCACGAGUGUUGGAGGACGACCCAGAAGCAGCCUAUACAACCAGGGGAGGAAAGAUCCCCAUCCGAUGGACAGCUCCAGAGGCCAUUGCCUAUCGCAAGUUCACUUCAGCCAGUGAUGUGUGGAGUUAUGGGAUUGUCAUGUGGGAAGUUAUGUCAUACGGAGAGCGGCCGUAUUGGGAAAUGUCCAAUCAGGAUGUGAUUAAAGCAAUUGAUGAAGGAUACCGCUUGCCGGCACCCAUGGAUUGUCCUGCUGUGCUUCAUCAGUUGAUGUUAGAUUGCUGGCAGAAAGCACGCGGAGAUAGACCAAAGUUUGGCCAGAUUGUGAACAUUCUCGACAAGCUGAUACGAAAUCCCAGUUGUCUCAGAACGUUAGCCAACGAUGCAGCUUGGUCAGGCAGCAUUUUGCAGGAUCCAUGCACUCCGGACACUUCCAAUAUCACAACAGUAGAUGAAUGGCUGGAUGGUAUCAAAAUGGGACAAUACAAAGAUAAUUUCUCAUCAGCUGGUUAUGGCACACUGGACACUGUUGUGUAUAUAAACAGCAGUGACCUCUGCAGAAUCGGAGUGACGUUAGCUGGGCAUCAGAAGCGGAUCCUCUGGAGCAUUCAGAACCUUUUCACCAUGGCUAACCAGAUACAUGGAACACACAUUCACGUAUAACAAAUUCACUGCAGCAAAACAGUGUGGUUGGACUGUGAGGUGAGAGAGAGAGAGAGGAGAAAAAAAAACAAAGAAAGCUACUGAGUGCCCUGCUUCCUUCCUCCGAAUAACAGCUUCUUUAAUCACUAGUGAGGAGAGAACAGCCUUUCUUCAAAAAUACACAUCCGGCAUUCAUUCAGCAUGCAAUCGGCAAUCCUUGCGGCAAAGUAAUUAUCGGCACAUCUCAUUCAAGCUUUGCAAAUAAGAUAAGACCGUGUGGAAAAGUCAGUUUGAUUCAUUAUAGAGAAAAAUGAUAGCUUCUUAAACAUAGAUUUUCUUUGCUCUACAGAUGAUGCUUUACAAUAGCCAUCAUGUCCUUUGUUUUAAAAAAAAACCUGAAUCACUGCGGUUACUGUUAAAAAAAAAAGCAUUACUGGUUUGAGGGCAAUUACUAGCCCAGGAGCUGCUAAUCUAACAAGUCUUUCCUUGACUAUGUCUUUUCUAUGCCACACACAGAGUUGGGAGUAAGAUGUAGUUCCUGCCUUGAACAAAGCUUAAAAGAAUCCCCAUGGGCCAACUAAAUGAACCGAAGAUGGAAUCAGAUGCCCAUGCUGAAGUAGAUCAAAAUUUGGACUCAUUCAGGGCUUUGUUUUCUAAAUUAAGAUGAUGUCUUAAUUUUGUCAUAUUGAAGAUAAGUACGAGUGAAUGGAGUAGGAAACAAUAAGGUCGAAUUAACCGAGAAUUAUCGCUGUGCUAAUUCCGAGCACAGAUUUUAAAAAGGCAUAUUUAUGUUUGGUUGAAAAUGCCCAAAUCUCAUGAAUUAAACAGCUUUCAUUAACUGAGCCAGGUGGAAGGCGAGUGCAUUGUUAACCACUAUUUACUAAAGAGGAACACCCAUCUUACAUGAUGAACACACAAUGAAACCAAUUUGGAAUUUAAAUCAAGAUCCAAACUCAAAUUAUAAAAUAGAGUUUGGAUUCCAGAUUCAUGAAAUGGAUGUCCUUCUCACUAAUCUGAGCUGAAUAGACUGGAACACAAAGUGGCCGAGAAUGGGGAGCCAUGAAAUUUUGCAAGCACGAGUCAGAAUCUGUUGAUGUACAGAUGUUGAAGAAACUAAAAGAAUAGUUUAGUAACUUUGGAUUUGAACUUUGAUUUUAUGUCACAAAAAAGUGAUUUCUCCAGAAAGAAAUUAACUUCUUUUGCUGUCAAUUGCAGCACCAACAAUGCCAUUUGAUUGGAACACGAGACUUCAAAUUGUUUAUUUUAGUUUAGUUUAGAGAUACAGCAUGGAAACAGGCUUUUCGGCCUACCGAGUCUGCGCUGACCAGCGAUUCCCACACAAUAACACUAUCCUUCACACACUACAGACAAUUUACAAUUUUACCAGAGCUCCUGGGGCAAACUCACAAAGGUCAUGGGAAGAAUGUACAAAUUACGUUCAGACAAGCACCUGUAGUCAGGAUCGAUCACGGAUCUCUGGCGCUGUAAGGCAACAACUCUACUGCUGCGCCACCGUGCCGCCUCUUUGUCUUUGAAGCUAUGAUUAUGUACUGUGUACGGAAACAUCUUGGUCUCCCUAUCUGAGUCCUACCGAACAAAUUAAUUAAUUUCCCAUCCUUUGUCCUUUUCAGUUGCCCAUGUUGAGAUUCUGGUUUACCACCUUCUGUAACUGCUUAAAACCUUCUGAUGAAGGAGCUCUCAAAAUACUGUCAGACAAGGAAUUCCAGGAUUUAGACCCAGCCAAAAGAGGAAUGGCAACAUUAGCUCCAAGUCAGGAUGGCACACAACCUGAAAAGGGGAACCUGCAGAUGGUGAUGCUCCAAUGCAUGAGAGGCAUUCAGGUCAGGACUCUUUUUCUAAGAUGGUGCACACUGCAGCCAUAUGGUGUAGGCUCACACUGCAUUCCGCUCAUUUAGACUGUCCCCAAGUUUAGCUGCAUUUUCUUUUGUUACCGCAUUCAGAGUUAGUGUUAAACAAGUACAUACAGAGGGGAGGCGAGGGUCACAGGGUUUGGUAACACUCAGCUCUACAUUCCUUGUAACAUACAUCGAGGCACCUGAUUAAUUGAAAAGGGAAUAUCAGUGAUAAUGAACACCAAAAGAUAGAAUUUGUUCAUUUUAGCCACAAUGUCAUUUUGAAAACAAAGCUAUAGGCAUGUAUUUUUAACUAUCAUUAGCUCUCAUUCUACUAAAUACUGUAUCAAGAUAGAGGCCGAGCAGCAAAUAACUUUCUUUCUCUUGAUCUCAAUGCUUGCCGUUACAUGUAUUUAUACAGAUUGAGAUCUCUCUUCUCCAUACGUUUUCCUCCCUUGCCCUAUACAAGGCUUCUUUUGAUGCCCACUACAUUAAGAAAAAGGCAGCUUAGGAAAGAGAUAAGGAAUCAUUGGAAAGAUAUAAGAACUCAAGAAGCCGAGAAAUGCAGAACGUGAAGAAACAAGGAACUGUAGAUGUUUAAGAAGGAACUGCAGAUGCUGGAAAAUCAAAGGUAGACAAAAAUGCUGAAGGAACUCAGCGGGUGAGGCAGCUUCUAUGGAGCGAAGGAAAUAGGCAAUGUUUCGGGUCCCGAGGAAGGGUUUAGACCCGAAACGUUGCCCAUUUCCUUCGCUCCAAGGAACUGUAGGUGCUGCCUAACAAAAAGGUGCUGGAGUAACUCAGCGGGUCAAGCAGCAUCCUUGGAGAACAUGGACAGGUGAUGUUUCAUGUCGGGACUCUUCUUCAGACUGAAAUAUGGAUGGGUGAUAUUUCAGAUAGAGUGUGUUCUUCAGGCUGAAGCAGGUGCAGUUUCUCUUUCCAAAAGUGCUGCCCAAUUUUCUGAGUUGUUAAGCAUUUUUUUUUGUUUUUAGUCCAUAUCAAUGAAUGAUUACUAUAUUAUUUGUGUUCAUAUUUAUUUAUCUAGAAUGAUUAUGAUGGUUAAUGGUCAGAAAGGGCAAAUAUCUUUGUACAUACCUUUUAAAAAAAAAUUGCAAGUCUGCGUGUUAACAAAGGAGACAUGAAUAACACCUAAAGCAAUCAGGUAAACUUUCCCCAGAUAAACAUUAUUACAUUAGGUGGUAUUGGUUGCCUCAAUGGUACAUAACUUCCAAAGGACAUAAUGAAAUGGCAUCAAGAAUCUCUGUCUAUUCUUAAGUAUAGUUGAUAAUAUAAUGUUUAAGAAUGUUUAAGACAGUCUGAAGAAGGGUCUCGACCUGAAAGAUUGCAUAUUUCCUUCGCUCCAUAGAUACUGCCUCUGGAGUUUCUUCAGCAUUCUUGUCUACUGUUGAUAAUAUAAUGCUCAUUUCUGGUUGUUCUUAUUCCAUGCAAUGUUUAAGGAAAGAAUCCCCAUGGGCCAACUAAAUGAACCGAAGAUGGAAUCAGAUGCCCAUGCUGAAGUAGAUCAAAAUUUGGACUUAUUCGGGGCUUUGUUUUCUAAAUUAAGAUGGUCUUAAUGUUGUCAUAUUGUGGGGCUAGAUCCUCUUUGCCACCAUAUUUUAUAGUGUAAAUAUUUGUGGACAGCCAAUGGGUACAAAAGGGACAAUGAGGAGCAAAUCAGGAAUUUUUGAAAAAAUAAAUUUUCACCUUAAAAGACAUUCAGAGAAUUAUUGAGUACAACAAGUUGGUCAUUAUUUUGUACUAAGCACCAAUUAGAAUUGUGGCGGCCAUUUUAAAUUACAGUCCGAGAUGACACUGUCCCUCGAAUUUAACAGUGGCAAUGAAGGGAAGAAAAUGUAUAUGCAAGUAAUUAUACGAGGAUAUGUGUUUAAGAUCACCAACUACCAAGAGUAUUACAAGGCUGGGAUCCCCAAAUUGUACCUGUCGGCAAUCCAAUGAAAUGUUUGUGCAGUUACAUUUCUGCAGCAAUUGUGAAACUAAGGUGUCAUGAGGCACGUUUUGAUUCUCAUCUCUUACCCAAGUGUAACUUUGAGUGGCUGCACACUCAAAUUAUAUGAUUCUUUGCAUCAGUACAGAGCUGAAAGAGCUUUGCAUCAAAUCAAUCCGAGUAGUAUGCACAAUCUACAGUGAAGCAGACAGGAAGACAGGCAUUGAUUGUGGGAAAAAUAGGUGGGGAAAUCACACAAGGGAGAGGACAAUGCUGAGAUUUGUAACAAAUAAUCUCAGAAGGAAACAAGUUGGUUCAGUUUAAGCAGGAGUGGCUGAUCUCACUGUGUGUUCACCUAACUUUUAAAAGUUUAAAAAUAUAGGGUUUCUUUUUUAAAUUUUUUUUUUUUUUUUUUUUUUUAAAUUAAAGUGGACAGUGAAAGAUUCUUCAGCAUAACUAUACUUGUUUCAUGCUUCAACAUUUGCUUGUCAAUUUACUCUCUGGAAUUUGAGGAAGAACUGAUAGGCUUUUAAAAUGAAGAGCCCCGUCAUUUUGUAACGGAGCCAUGGCAACAGCAGAACAAGAGACAAAUAUUGUACCAUAUUGUAUAAAAUGUACAGCGUGACUGACCCAAGUAUAGAAUAUUUAUAAUUGUGAAUUUUUAAAAUGACUAAAAACUGAACCAGUUCCAUCAGUAUGUGCAGAACGAUUGAACAAGAUACUUCCUUUGGAAAAGUCUGCAUUUGAGAAGAAAGUAACCUUUACGUUAGGUGUAGGAUAGCAACUCUCCUGCGUGAUAAAGUUUUGUUAAAGAUACUUAGGGCUGCACCAAAUCAAAUAAUUGUAAUUGGAGGUUGGAUAACAUGACAUUGAAUCGGGCUUAAUGAGCAUGGUCCAGCAGUGAUCACAAGCUCAGAUUACAUUGAAAAUUAUACAAAAAGGGUGCUUCGUGAUUGAUAAGCACUGUGGAAUGCAUGGGCACAUAAAGCACCAGACAAAGUCCUGCACAAAAGUCAAAACUCAAAUGUGUAUGAGAGAAAAAUGGUGUGAAAAUAAUUGUGUCUUCCCUUCCCAGAUGUUUUUCUCAGUUAUUGAACCACCAACAAGGAUGACCUGAGCAACAAAAUAGCUCAAUUACUGUAAUGAUCAAGGUUACCUGCUAAACGGAUGUGGGGAAAUAAAAAGGCAGAUUCCCACUCUGUGUCACAGUUUGACUGUGACUCCUUCCAUGGUUGGUCCCACUAGCAUUAAUUUUCUGGGCCACACGCCAUGGAACAGAAGGUUAGCAAGCAUUCAUGAAUUUGCCCGGAGUCAGUGCAUCCAAGGUGGUUAAUGGUUUUUUUCUAAUAAGACAUUGAAGCAAUUGUCCUUUCAGCCCCUUGUGCCAGUUCUUGUCAGUUUAGUUAAAAAAAAAAUCUUUGUAAUCCAACAGCUCUCCAAAAUAGAGCUUUAACCCCCUGAGCAACGAGGGCUUUUAGGUCAAGACUGUUUUGAUGGUUGUUUUUAAUGUGUUUCAUGUUACCAGUUGUUCAUUGUCUCACCACCUCAGAGCAUUGGUACAGCCCUAAAACACUGAUGAACCUGGUCUCAGAUUGCGUGUGAGAGAUACGAGACUGUGGCCUUUUUGCAAUGUAUGUAUUAAUUUAUGCUUCUUAAUUUGUGAGCUGUAUUCCCAGUUUGCUGUAUCUAGUGGUCAUUGUUCCUCCAUAAUGCUCCAAGGAGCUCGCUGGUGGUGCAUCAGCUUGGAUUUAAUUUUUAUGUCGCUGUAAUAAAUAUGCAAAUAUUUUUCAUUUUUUUCCACCUACAA